CUCUAUUCUCCAUGCGGAGCUUUUAUUAGUAGCAUACGAAUCUGUUACUACUUCCCUCACCCCUUUUCAGCAUCAGGAGGAGGUUGUAUUAUUUACACGUCAAGAAGGAUGUCUUCCGAUGAACAAGAUGCCUUGGAUGCCCUGGAAAGGGAAGCGUCCGACUUUGUCAAGGAUGCCGAGAUUGAUCGCAUCAGGAAGGCAUUUGCACUAGACGCGUAUGCCGUUCUCGACCUCCAACCAGGAGUUACUGAAUCCGAUAUCAAAGUACAAUAUCGCAAAAAGUCUCUACUCAUCCAUCCUGAUAAGACAAAGAAUCCAGCUGCUCCAGACGCGUUCGAUCGUCUUAAAAAAGCCCAUUCUACACUAAUGGAGGAGAAGUCGCGCACGUACCUCGAUGAAUGCAUCGCAGAUGCGCGACGGUUGUUGAUUCGUGAACACAAGUACACAUUGGAUUCGCCCGAAUUAAAGACAGAUGAGUUCAAGAAAGAAUGGCGUCAGAAGACAGUGCAUGUGUUGCUAGAAGAAGAGGCGCGCCGACGAAGACAAGCCAAGGCUAAGUUACAGGAGGAAGGCCGUGAAAGGCGUAAAGAAGAGGAAGAAAUUGAAGAACGAAAACGCAAGCGUGAUCAGGACAAGGCUUGGGAGGACAGUCGUGAUGAGCGUAUCAGCAGCUGGCGAGAUUGGCAAAAAGGAAAGAAGAGUGAAGGAGACAAGAAGAAAAAGAAGAAAAUGAAAGUCCUUGGCUGAUUUGCAGGAUACCGUCGUUUAUCAUAGACCCCUUCAAUACAGCGACAGAGGUUGAAGACAUCAUAGCAUUUGAAAAUCUUUGUUGUUGUGUUCUAAUGGAAAGCAUUCUCACCAAGCCUGUAAGGAAUCUAUAGGCCGCUUGCGGAUGUCUCUGCAUUUAGACUUAGACCGAGUUGGACUCGAUUUGUGCCACCGGUGACUUGGCAUCGUCCCCCGCCAGAAUGGACACAUUGACUUCUUCUUCUGCACAUUUAGGUUAAUUCGUCUAUUGCAUUGAGUUAUGCUGAAGAUUUCUUUAUCGGUCAGGGCGGCCUAUAAUCCACCGCACUUGUCAAGAUGGUGAAUAUAGCGCAGCUCCCACCGGAACUAUUCUGUCCGGUGCUUGAUCUUGCUUUUGAGAAUCAAAGUGACAUCCAACUGCUCUGCAGACUCUCUCUUCUUAGUCGCCAAUGGUAUGAGGCCCUAGUUCCUCGUAUAUAUGCUGAAUGGACCUACAAUGGUGCGAGGCAGUCAUUCAGGUCUCUCUGGAAUUUUCUUCGGACUAUCCUCAGCGACACCCAUCUCGCAGCCAUGGUGCACUCCCUACAUAUAGGCAACUGGGGUUAUUAUCCACAUGCACGC